GGGAUUUACAAAAUUUCUUUCGAAGUUCUUACUUUUCCUCAUGGAAAGGUUUUCCUUAGUUCAAUCCUUUUAGCAUCCAUUGGAGAGACGAAGUUUUGUCGUUUUCAAUGGAGAUGUCUUCAUCAUUGAUGGCGAUAUCAUACCUCUCUCUUAUGGCCAGCUAAAGUUCUUAUUGUUUAGAAUGUGAAUCCUAUGAUGCUUUGUGCAUACUUUCGAUGAUUUAAUCAUAUGUUUAUGAUGUUUUCAUCUUCUAUUAUGUGUUAUCUUGGUUUUGUGCUUAAUACUAUUAUAAGUUGUUAGGAGCCUGCUCUUGUGUUGAUGUGGUGACUUAUGCAUGUAUUAUAUUAUUGGAAGCAAAUUUUCAUGUAUGUAUAUGUUUGUUUCCUGAUAUAGGUUGUUAAGAACUCGCUCUAAAAAUAGGUCAUUAAAUUUACGGAUCAUUGUUAUGGUGUUUGUAUAAGACUUAAUUAACAUAAUGUUGUUUAUCAUCCCUUGCUCGAGAUUUGACUGGUUAGUGGCAUGAACUGAAAGCAAACAUUAGCUAAUGUUAAUUCCUUUUGCAUUUGAUGAAAGCUUGAUUAGGAAGAUAUUAGUGGAGAAGAUAGAGAAUCAUAAUAUAAGGAUGUAUUAUACUUAAGGAAUUAGUAUACAUGAUUAUUUAUAUGAAAACUAACUAAACAGUAGUUUCUCAUACUUGUUUUGACUAUUUAUUUACUCGGUGAAGUAAAAAAAAAAAAAAAGAAAUCUCAACCCAUCCACGUGGGCCCGAAGUUGAUCUCUUAUGACGGGCUAGAUUUUAGAAAUACCACAGUCAAAUGAUCAUGUCAUAUUCCUUCAUCCUCGAGGGUUUUCCAAAAUCAAAAUUGACACCCCUAGAAUAGAAUAUAAUAUAAUAUAAUAUAGAAGAGAAGAGCGAGCGCUCGUCUUCGACCACUGGUAAUCGAUCGAAUCCUAUGGCUCCCUCUGACGAUGAAGAAUUGCCUGAUUUGACAUACUACAAUGGUACCUACUACGAAAAGUGUCAGGAACUUAACAAGAUGGAGAUGAAAGAAGAAUACGACGACUACGACUACAUUUAUGAGGACGCCGAUUUUGUUAACAAUAACACCCUAAAGUUGCAUGACAUCUACUACAGGAGGAAGGUGUGCGAGAAUGGUGUAAGCUGUUCCAAAAUCCCCAAAUUUUUGUAGUAUUCAAUUCGUGUCUUCCAGUUUCUCUAAAUAAAUCAGUUAUUAAGUA